CUUGGUGGCAUUAAUUGGGCUUUACUGGUGGCUCGUGUGUGUCAACUAUACCCAAAUGCUUCACCUAGCAUGUUAGUAUGCCGUUUUUUUAGGGUAUAUACACAAUGGAAAUGGCCGAAUCCUGUGAUGCUAUGUAGAAUUCAAGAUGAUGAACUUGGCUUUCCUGUUUGGGAUCCACGUAAAAACCCCAAGGAUAGAACUCAUCAUAUGCCUAUCAUCACUCCUGCAUAUCCCAGCAUGAAUUCAAGCUACAAUGUAUCCACCAGCACCCUAAGAAUUUUGAGCGAACAGUUCCAGUUUGGAAACAAGAUUUGUGAGGAGAUUGAGCUGAACAAUGCCAUAUGGGGUGCAUUAUUUGAACCUUACAAGUUCUUUGAGGCAUAUAAGAAUUUUCUUCAGGUGGACAUGUUCGCCUUAAAUACAGAUGAUCUGCGUAUUUGGAAGGGAUGGGUCGCAUCUCGUUUGAGGCAGCUCACUCUUAAGAUUGAGCAGGACACUUGUGGUAUGUUGCAGUGUCACCCUCAUCCUGUUGAGUAUAAUGAUGCUUCUGUGUGUGGGGCUCACUGUGCAUUUUUCAUGGGAUUGCGAAGAAAACAGGGAGUGAAGGUUGAAGAAGGUCAGCAUUUUGAUAUACGGCUUGUUGUGAAUGAAUUCAAGCAUUUUGUAAACAUGUAUAUGUUCUGGAGGCCGGGCAUGGAGAUUUAUGUCUACCAUGUUCCAAGGAUGAAAAUCCCUUCCUUUGUUUUUCCAGAAGGUUACAGAGGAGUUCAAUCUUCGUAUCCGAGCACCACAGCAAACGCUAAGAAAGCUCAUAAUGAAGAGGAACAUAAUAGAGGAUUUUUACAGAGAAGGUUGAAGAGGAAGAUAGGUUUUUUGGAGGGUUCUGUAGGAUCAAGCCUUGAGAAACGUGUGGCUAUUAGCCCUACUUAGAUAAAGUCAUUUGCCUCAACAUAUGAGCCAUCAAGUGGAUGUUUUUUUAGAAGAAUGAAGAGGAAGAAAGCUUUGCUGAAGAUGUAUGAGUAGUUAAAUACUGAGAAACAUGCUUUUGUCAGCAACACUAAUCAAGCGAAGCUUUAUUCAACUAAGAGCCACAAUCCAUGCUCAAAUCUAAAGAGAGAUGUGCAUUUUUCGGGUAAAGUUAGUGCUCGAAUCUUAUAUCAUAGAAUUUUUAACAUUAUUUUCAACCAAUGUGCUAUACAUUCGAGCACAAAAAGAGUUAUGUUAAACACACGUGCAUUGAUUCAAAAUGAAAUGAAGGUAAAUAAUGAGUUGGGUUCGAUCGCUCACUCUUCCUUGAAGAAAAAGGUCUUUUGAAGCUAAUGCAAAACCAAAGGAAUCAUGGGAGGCCCAAUAUAUGCACCUAAUUUGCCUUUUUCAGAAAAUAGAGGUUUUUUGUAACGACCACAACUCUCACCUAUGAAGAUAAUGCACACUUUGGCUUAAUGUUUUCAGAACAUUACCCAUCCUAUGAAUGCUCUCAUACAACCAUGGCUAACUUCAGAGUUUUUUUUUCUUAUGAGAUUCCCAAUGUUACACCAAAUGAUGACUCGAUGUUUAACAGCACAGCUUCAUUCUACGUUCAGGGGUUUCACAGCUCUAUCUUCACCCACCUUUUUCCAUCUAUUUUCUUAUAUUAAGUUGCUACUAAUGCUCAUGGAAGUAUAUUUUAAUUUUGUUACUUUUUGUCUUUAAUUUUUCUAGAUAAUCAUAAAAUG